CUCGCUGCGCCUCUCUGUGCCACACGCAGAGCACACGCUACCGCAUCAGCACGCCGUCUCUCGCCGCACACACGUUCUCCACCAUGUCCUUCUCGUCCCUCCUCCGCGCGACCCCUCGCCUCGCCGCCCGUGCGGCCCCGCUCCAGGCUGCUCGCCAGUCGGCUCGUCGCUCGUACGCCUCGGCGGCACCUGCGCCCAAGGCCGGCGGCAACGGCGGCCUCCUGUUCGGCCUCCUCGGCGUCGGCGUCGUCGGUGGCGGGCUCUACUUGUACGCUCGCCCGGACUCGGACGACGCCCGCACGGUCAAGGACGCCGCCAGCACCAAGGAGGUCGACUACCAGAAGGUGUACAACGCGAUCGCCGAGUCGCUCGAGGACGAGAAGUAUGACGACGGCUCGUACGGCCCUGUCCUCGUUCGUCUCGCGUGGCACUGCUCGGGCACCUACGACAAGAACACGGGCAACGGCGGCUCGAACGGCGCGACGAUGCGCUUCGCCCCCGAGGCCAACCACGGCGCCAACGCCGGUCUCGAGCAUGCCCGCAACCACCUCGAGAAGAUCAAGCAGAAGUUCCCCGAGAUCACGUACUCGGACCUCUGGACUCUCGCCGGCGUAUGCGCCAUCCAGGAGGCCGGCGGUCCUUACAUCCCGUGGCGCGCCGGUCGCAAGGACGGCGACGUCGACAACUGCACGCCCGACGGCCGCCUUCCCGACGGCGACAAGGGCGCCGACCACAUCCGCAACAUCUUCUACCGCAUGGGCAUGGACGACAAGGAGAUUGUCGCUCUCUCGGGCGCACACGCUCUCGGCCGGUGCCACGCCGACCGCUCGGGCUUCGACGGCCCGUGGCAGUACUCGCCGACGACGUUCUCGAACGAGUACUACCGUCUCCUGUACGACGACAAGUGGCAGGAGCGCAAGUGGCAGGGCCCUCCUCAGUUCGAGAACAAGUCGGACAAGAGCCUCAUGAUGCUCCGCACCGACAUGGCGCUCACGACCGACAAGGAGUUCCGCAAGUACUCGCAGAAGUACGCCAAGGACGAGCAGGCCUUCUUCAGCGACUUCUCGAAGGCGUUCUCCAAGCUCAUCCACCUUGGCGUCCCGACGACCCAGCUCUCCGAGGCGGUCCCGCUCAAGAAGACGGAGGACCAGGCGCCCGCGACGGCAUGAGCAGGGACUCGUCCUCCUUUAUCCCUGUCUCGGUUCCCGGGCUCUGCGUGUUUGAGGUAGAUGUUACCCGUCGUCUUUGCGAGCGCAACACUCUUUGUCGUGCAAA